AUGACUGAGAAUGAAUAUGACAUUUACGUUUGUACACCACUGAUACGUUUUGCAUUUUUAGGAAAAAAUGACAUACGUAUUUCUAGUGGUGAAGUUUCGUCAAAAUCAUAUGAAAGUCUUAAAAAACUUGCCCAGUUACAAACUAGAUCUGGACCAAGACUUGAUGCCAAAGCAUUUAUUUUAUCAACUGGAGUAGAAGUAUUGGUUCAAGAAAAUGCAAAAAAUGAUAUUUAUAGUAAACGGACAAAUGACUUGUCAAAAUUGGAAUACUGCACCAAAAUCUUACUGUCAAGUGCUUUUCUGGCCUUACCUCCUGCAGCUCAAUCUGAAAUAUAUAAGUUUGAAACUUACACAAUUCAAACCAAUGAACUUACGUUAAAAUUGGGUGUAUCAUCAUAUAUGUUUGAAGAAGUGAUAUGUAUGCUUGAAUUAACUGAAAUAACCAUUCCACAAACCAUAGAAGCAUUUCCAAAAUGCAUAGAAGCUAUAUACAAGGUGCUUUCAUGGAAAUCUCGUUCACGAAGAAAUACCAAUAUUUAUCAUGAAUUGUUAAGUAAGGCUUCAAGCGAUUUAAAAAAAAAGAAAUUUUUUCCAUCACCAAGGUUAUUAAAUCCUAAUUACAUUGAAAUAAAUAUUCAUUAUAAAAGACAAAUAGGAAAUAUUAUAAAAGAUGAAAAUGAAAGUGACGCCAACAAAAGUGCUGCACAAGAAUUUAAAAAAAAAAAUGUCCUUUUACAAUUAUCGUCAUUUGAACCAUCAUCACCAUCAGCAGCUGAAUCAUCACAAACUGAAUCACCAUCAACACCAACAAAAUCAUCAUCAAUACUAACAGAAUCAUCAUUAACACCAACAGAACCAUCAUCAACACCAACAGAACCAUCAUCAACACCAACAGAACCAUCAUCAACACCAACAGAACCAUCAUCAACACCUUUAUAUGAUGAAAAAAAUGAUGAUGGAUUCACAUUAUGUGAAUUAAUCAAAGAAGCACUAUCAAAAAUUGAUUCAAAUGCUUUUUUAAAUAGCCAUGGAAAGUCAAAAGAUGGUAAAAAAUAUUAG